AUGGUUGCUAGAGUAAAAAAUUCUUCUCCGGUUACAGCGAUGAAAGCGUCAAGCAAGGAUAUUAAAAGCAAGAAGCCCAAACACGGACAACUGAAGCGUGGUGCUGACACUAAACUUUUGGAAGAAAAAUGUUUGUUAGUAGUACCUCACAAAGAAAGAUUGGGAAAUAUGACUAUCACAGAGCAUAUUGUUAGUCAAGAUAAAACACAAGGGCUAAGUCAAGAUGAAACACAAGGGCUAAGUCAAAGGCAACUUGCAUGCAAUGAUCUUUCUAAAUAUGCCUCUGGAAUUUCCCCUUUGCCACCUGAUAAUGACUCUCAUUCCAUGGGGAACAAAUAUUUAAGGUUCUUAGAAAAGAGCAGAAAAAGUGCUGUCGUAGAUUCAUACAAAAAAUUUGUCAUAACUAUGGGACUAAAUGAGCAGAACUCUAAAAAAAUGUCAGGCAUUUACAAUUUUAGGUAUUUGAAACUGGAAAAACCAAUUUAUAACUCCAUACACACAGGUAAAAUAAGGCUCACAGAGGGACAAGAAGAAGAAAAAUCUGACCCCAUGCAUAAAGUGAAAAACAGUGGCUUGCUUUUCAGAUUUCAUAAUACUGCAAGCAAUGGAAAUUUGGAAUCUGCCAAACUUGAACAGCACUGUUUUGAAGAUAAAUGUGGCAAGGAAGAUAAUGGCACAAAAGGUCUAUCUUUGGAACGAAAGCAUGUUGGUUCUGGUGGAUUGGAACAGGCUGGGUGGACUUGUGGCAAUGGACUAGCAAUCUGCUCGAUGAAAUAUUUCCACCAGAGUUACUUCAAAGAACCAGUGUAUCUGAAAAAGCUGCCAAUCAAAAUCCCACUUGUAACAAUGAAUCCCAAUCACCCAAAACAGCAGAUUAUUGCUUAAAUCUGCAUUCUGCGGAAAAACUGCCUGCUAAAUCUCCUAAAACCGAAGAUUAAAAGAAAGAAUUUAUGUACAAUCAACAUUAUACAGCCUGUAUCUUGUAGUUUGUGAACUUGUUUCACUGGAUUUAACUGUAAAUUACUUGACAAGAAUGAAGUGUUUGAUUUGAUAAUAAAUGUUGAAUGCAGAUGUGAAAGAUUUUAAAAAAAUAAAGACACAUGAAUUUAUGCAUAGGGUUGUGUGUGGUUAGAUGAAAACUUCAAUAUAUAUAUGUAUUGUGAAUUACAGUAAAUGUUCUAAUUUGUUAGCUGUGCUGGUCUUCCUUCAUGAAAAGGAAGAACUUCAAAUGACUUGAUGAACAUCUAUAUAUUUUUUAAAUAUAAUUAUCUGAUUCUCUCCAUUACCUAGUGUAUUAACCAGAUAAUGAAUUUUGUUCAUUAACUUAUAUUUCCAUACUUUUCUUACUGGGCAGGCCUUCUAAAUAAUUAAAGCAAUAAAGUAACAUAAGAAAAAAUUACCUGUAAUAUGCAAAAUGAAAAACUCUUUACCACAUAAAAUAGUUAUAUGGUACAUACAAAAGUUUGACAAUUAGAAAAAUGAGUUAAAUACCUACCAGGCAGACUAGGUAGGUAAUGGAGAGUGGUAAUGACCUAUCAAAACACUAGAAAUGUAUUAGUGUACUAUUUAUUACUAUGACUCCAUCCAGCAGGAAUGACCAUGUGUGAAUACAAGUUAUGCCAUCUAACACACUUCUCGCCAAUACAACAUAAGAUCAAAAUAUGUACAGUAUACAGCAACUAAUGUGGUAAAGAGGCAUGAUAAAAUAAGUGUUAUAGUGUUAACUACAGCACUUGUCUACUAAGAGCAGUAAGAAAAUGCUACGUGUACAGUCGACCCUCCGCUAUUCGCGGACUCUGGAUUCACAGAUUUCUCUAUGGACCGUACAUACCAAUAUUCAUGGGAAAUUCUUGUAGUCCCUGUAUUUUUCUAUGAGAAAUAUCCACAAAUUAAUACUGAAUUUUC